ACAAAAAGACGUUGAAAGGGAAAAUCAAAGAAAGAAGACCGUUUGUGUUACCACGCGCGUAUCGUCAGCCAGAGGGGACAGAGAGUGAGGGCAGCGAAACGAAAAGAGCUCCGAAGAGCAGCAAACAGAAAAGAAAAGAAAGAAGAACAAAAAGGAAGAGUGAUGAGCUUAGCUGAACCCAGAAACAACAACAGAGGGAGGAAUCGGGUCGGAUGAGCAAGCUCCAAACUGAUGUCGCGGUUGUAAUUACGAUCUGUCUCCUCUGCUAGAAUUUCGACUUUAUCUUCUUCUUCUCUCUCUCUCCUCGAUUUCCUGGAUUUAAUGGAAGGUGGAUCCCCGGACCGGGAAUCCGUUGAAUCUUGGACCAGAAAGUCCAGUACUUCAUUAGGUGCUGGAGGGAGAGCUCAGGAUCGGAAAGAUUUUCUUCGUAGAUUUGUAGAUAGUGACAUUUUUACUGCAAAUAUUACUAACUGGCUUGAGGAAGUUGCCGAAGGGAAGGGAUUUUACAUGCCUUUUGAGUUGAUCGAUCUUCAGAAAUUCGAUUAUGCACUGGAAGGUGUUCCUUUCCAGCAAUUGGUCCGGAUGCCCAGCGCUUUACAUGCUUCCACUUCCACAUCAGGUGCUACUGAAGCGUCGGCUUAUCUUGCCCUUGAAGACUUUCUUCACGCAAGCAUUAAGAGCUUGUGGGAGUCGUUUUGGACUCAGGAUGAGCCUCUGCCUUUUUAUAUAUCCUCCAUAUAUGGUUCGAACAUGAGGUUUUACCAGGCUGAGAAGGUGAUUGCCAAAGGUAGAGCCAAGGACCUUUCCGCUACUGCAGUGUUGCUUAAGAAUCCUAGACAUCCGCAAGGAAAGUGGGAUGACGUUCUUCUGGUAGCACUUCUUAGGCCUGAUGUUGGAAGCCUCCUUGCGUCAACCCCUGACGGUGACUUUAAUAAGCCUUCUACCACAGCCAUAGGUGAAGCUUUGUUCUUUGCCGUCCGUGUAAUCCUUGCGAGAAGCCUAAGCAAAUCGAAGAACAUAGCUCUUGGUUCGAAUUCCAUUUUUGUUCUACUUUUAGAUUCUCAAUAUGGUGGGGUACUAAAAUUGGACGGAGAUGUGAACAAGCUAGAGGUUGACGUGCACAAUGUGUAUGGGUGUGCCUCUGCGUGGAUCAAAAACCAUUCUAGUAUCGCAAUUUCGCCGGUUGACAGGAUCUGGAAUAAGCUCGGAAACGCCAACUGGGGUGAUAUCGGUGCAUUGCAGUUUCUUUUUGCUACAUUCAAUUCUAUCGUACCGUACGCUGGAAUGCCUAAAAACACAGUUGAAGACUUAGCUGCUGAUCAUAGUUCUCGUCUACAAGCCAGGAGGAUAGAAAGGCAGAUGGUUGAUGGUAGUCGGAUAAUUAAUGGAAAUGGUGUGUUUCGCUUGCAGCAGCGUAAUUCUUCACCCGAGAUUGUUGAAGUGCACGAUGAAUCUGAAUCCAUUUCUGCGAGGUCCAUGAAAUUGGAGGUAGGAUCUGUCUUGUGGCUUGAGGAUUCUGACGACCACAAAAGAGGUUAUCAGAUCAAUCAAGUUGUGAGUGACGGCGAGAUCCCGUAUUACAUUGCCGCCUCACUUGAAGACCAUAAUAGAAGUUCUCUGUUUCUGUAUGUCGGUUCACCGCCUUCUCAACUGGAACCUGCUUGGGAAGAUAUGAAAUUGUGGUACCAAGUACAGAGGCAAACUAAGAUGUUAAGUGUUAUGAAACAAAAGGGCUUGUCUAGCAAGUACCUACCGCAGUUGAGUGCUUCGGGCAGAAUAGUUCACCCUGGUCAGUGUCGGAAGCCGAGCUCAGGCGCGAAUUGUGACCAUCCAUGGUGUGGCACUCCUAUCUUGGUAACAAGCCCUGUUGGCACAACUGUGGCUGACAUGGUGAGAGCUGGCGAAUUUGGUGUAGAAGAGACUAUCAAAUGCUGCCAUGAUUGCUUGUCAGCCCUUCAUGCUGCUGCAUCUGUUGGGAUUCGGCAUGGUGACAUUCGGCCUGAGAACGUCGUUUACAUCACAUCUGGAGUAGUUGGGCAACAACCAUAUUUUGUCCUUAUUGGUUGGGGACAUGCCAUCUUAGAAGAGAGAGAUCGUCCAGCAAUGAAUCUUCAUUUUUCAUCCACAUAUGCUCUUCAGGAGGGGAAACUGUGCUCAGCUUCAGAUGCAGAGAGUCUGGUUUAUAUGCUCUACUUUUCUUCAUCGGGGAUGGACCUGCCUGAUCUUGAUUCAGUUGAAGGUGCACUGUCAUGGAGAGAAACCUCAUGGUCAAGGAGGUUAAUACAACAGAAGCUUGGAGAUAUAUCUGCUGUCUUAAAGGCCUUUGCAGAUUAUGUUGAUAGCCUAUGCGGGACACCCUACCCUAUUGAUUAUGAAAUCUGGCUAAGAAGGUUGAGGAGACAUAUCAACGACAAUAGCAAUGGAAAGGGAAUCGACAUGGCCAGUUAAGUGCAGUGUGUCUCUCUGGUAAUGUUAUGAAGCUUUCGAGGAUUGCAAGAUGGUAGUGGAAAAAAAGGUUUCGUAGAGUAUUUACAGCAUGCUGCAUAUUGGAAUGUUCUUCGAGGUCAGAUUUGGGGCUUAAGGGUGGUUUGCCAGUUUCCAGGUCCUGAGGUAUUUACUUGCGUUUAAUCUGCAGCCAGUAUGAACUAUAAUUCCUCUGCACUCGAGCUGUUGGCCAAAAUUAAUGGGGUUACCUGUUACAGGUUUGGUGCUUUAUUUUUGUUUCAGCUGAUCAGAUUUUUGCGUUUCUAUUAGAUUACAAGGUAUAAAUUUUAUUUAUAUACUGUAAAGUUAGCCAAUCUUCAAGAGUUCAGACACUGAAGAGUUUUUCACUGUACGUCGAGGAUGAACAUAGAACUGUUCCUUUUCUUUUACUUCUUUUUAACUUAACUGUAUUUAUUCACGGUCACCUUAUGAAUUUCACUCAUACUUGACUUUUUAGUCCAAAAACAAGACUCCUGAAAAAUAAACUACCAUGAAGACAAUUGUGACUUUUUAGUCCAAAAACUAAGACUCCUGAAAAAUAAACUACCAUGAAGACAAUAGUUUUAUCAUUGAAUACUACUACCAUAUAACAUUCUGAUCGCAAGGUUUCGGCAAGAAAGAUGACCCUACUGUUCAUGCAUAAAAGUACACAAACUUGCAACACCAUAUGCCCAGAAGAUACAUGACAUAGCUUAAAUAUGAAACAAAUUAAAUAAAAACAGAUUAAUCAGCGUCCAUUUCCUCCAGUGCCGCCUUUGCUGCUGCUUUCGCUUCCUCCAGUAGGUCAUCAGGAACCUAUAAGAAGAAAAAUAUCAAAAGGCGCAUCAAUUUUGAAAACAAUUAAAACUGACCAUAUUCAGUUGAUCUGUCUGCACAUAGUAAGCAGCAGCAGCAGCAACAACAACAACAACAACAAAACAAUCCAGCCUUUAAAUUUAUAUUAUAUGACAAAACCAAAGUGGCAAAAGGUAGCAAUCAACAACUGGAACAAAAAAAAACACUAACGAAAACAAAGGGGUCCAUUUGGUCAAGCCGAUACACUGAUAAUUCUUUUCAGGGGCGAAAUGCAAAUUGUUUAUGUCCAGAUGUAACACGAUAUACAAGGAAUUUUCAGAUUAUUCGUGCCAAAACCUCCGAAAUCGAGCCCAAUCUGUUUAUUCUUCCCCAGGAAUGACUUGUAUACACAUGUAAAAGUGUUACAUAAAAGAAGAGUUUUAAUGGUGGAUUCUUAUAGUUAUAAUUUUUGUUUUGUUUUGUUUAAUACUUUAUAGCUUUUCAAACACCCAACAAAACCACAUCACAUAAAAUGUAAAAUAGUUCGGGUGGUGUUGUUUUGUCAGAAAAUUUAUUAGAGUAGAUCCUUAAUAUAUAUAUAUAUAUAUAUA